UCCUCCAUCAUCUGACAAAGCGAUCGUCUACCUCCGGGCGGCAGGCUCAGCAGGUCGAUCCAGAGACUUCCAGCCGCUGUCGGUUCCUCCGCGUCUGUCCGGUCCUGCUGUUGACUACAGAGGAGUUUCACCUCUGGAUCUGGGUUUAAGUAGUUACGAUAAUGCCCACAAUAAAAUUGCAGAGCUCUGAUGGGGAAAUCUUCGAGGUGGACGUUGAGAUCGCCAAACAGUCCGUCACCAUCAAGACCAUGUUGGAAGAUUUGGGAAUGGAUGAUGAAGGAGAUGAUGAUCCAGUUCCUCUCCCCAAUGUGAAUGCUGCCAUCCUUAAGAAGGUGAUUCAGUGGUGCACUCAUCACAAAGAUGACCCUCCCCCUCCUGAGGAUGACGAGAACAAGGAGAAGAGGACGGAUGACAUUCCUGUUUGGGACCAGGAGUUCCUCAAAGUGGACCAAGGCACCUUGUUUGAACUCAUUCUGGCCGCCAACUAUUUGGACAUCAAAGGCCUGUUAGAUGUCACCUGCAAGACGGUGGCCAACAUGAUCAAAGGCAAAACCCCGGAGGAGAUCAGGAAGACUUUCAACAUCAAAAAUGAUUUCACAGAGGAGGAGGAGGCCCAGGUACGCAAAGAGAACCAGUGGUGCGAAGAGAAGUAAAUGGGGAGAUCCUGCCAACACUACCACACUGAAAAGGAACUGUCCCUGCUAACUGGUUGCACUGGCGUUGUUCAUACUUGUCAAUAUUUACAUUUAGUGUAUUUAGAGCCACAUUACCCCCCCCCUUCAGCCCCCUACCCUGUUAUCUUUCUACAACAGCAUGACCAUUUUAACUUGCCUGUGUGUUGUCUUAAUUUAAAUAAAGAAAAGCUCUUCAGUUACACACGUGUUGUAUUUUCACAUAAAAAGGAAAGUUCUGGAUUCAUGGCUUUGUACCCUUAAAGAUUUGUCACUCCUUUCAUAUUUUCCCCAAUUAUUAAUCGCUAUGGUUGUCUUUUUUACUGGACAUGUUUGUGUUCUUUUAGGUUAACUGAUGAAAUAAAAUGGCUUUUUUGACUAUGGAAA